AUGAGUUUCAUUUUGGGCGAGGGCGGAUUUGCCAAGGUUCUCCUUGUUGAACACGUGGCAACCAAAAGAUCCUAUGCCCUGAAAAUAUUGAAAAAAGAGAGCAUCACCACCUCAAGGGGCAUUGAAAGGAUCUUGCUAGAGAAACGGGUUGCUUUCGCCGUUGCUGACCACCCUUUCAUUGUGGAUAUCCACGCCACCUUCCAGUCAGAAUACCAUCUAUUCUUUCUGAUGGAGCACGUUGCUGGCGGCUGCUUAAAGACAUACCUGCAGAGGGAAGGUGCAUUUGAACAACCAAGAGCUAUGUUCUAUGCUGCUUGCACCCUGAUGGCCAUUUCCUACUUACAUGAAAAUGACAUCAUACACCGAGAUCUCAAGCCGGAAAACCUGCUCUUAGACAGCGGUGGAUACGUUAAACUGGCUGAUUUUGGGCUGAGCAAAGACGGAAUUGGCUACGAAGGCCGAACAAGUAGCCUGAAAGGAUCUUUUGGCUACAUGGCUCCAGAAAUCCUCGCCAGGGAGCCAUACUCAAGAUCUGUCGACUGGUGGUCUCUGGGCAUUGUAAUCUAUGAGAUGCUAGUUGGGGAGAGACCAAUGCUGAGACCAUCUACUGGUUUAGUCGUCCCGAUGUUCCUGGCAGGAGAUGCAGUCAACUUAAUAUCAGGGCUCUUACAGCGGGACCCAUUGAAGCGGCUGGGCUCAAGUGAGGAAGAUGCAUGUGAUCUUAUGCAUCAUUACUUCUUUCGAAGCAUUGACUGGAUGGCUUUGAUAGAGAGAAAAGUGCAGCCCCCGUUCAUACCUGAGGAUGUUAGACUUUCUGAGGAUGGAGAUCAACAUCUAGUUCUAACUCCUCCCUCCGAGGGUUCCUUGGCAAUGGAAAAGGAGAUUGUGGAAGCCUUUAGGAGCUUUGAUUAUACCGCAAUUUGUUCAGGACCGGAGUAUUACUCCGACUGCAUAUGCACCAAAAACGAUGGUCUGCUUCCGAAGUUUAACGAAGAAAAGAAGAUGUCGGCCAUGAACUCCUGA